AAAGGCCGGGGAGCGGGUGGGGGCUGAGGUUGCCCCAGUGACCGGGGGAAGUUUGGGCUGAGGAGCCCGAGCGAGGCCGGCCGCGGAGCCCGGGAAGUGGGGGCGCCCCAGCCGGCCAGGCCCGGGUAUGUUCUAAAUUCCAGAACACAUGUGGCAUAAAACAUGGGAAAGAAGAAGAAAAAAGGGAAUCAGGUUGGGCAGUUUAAAGAAGCUAGAUCAUCUUUCCCAGAAGCCUUGCUCGCUUUUCAAAUUCAGAUAAAAGAAGAGGCAAUUAAUCAGCUUCUGUUUGAACUAAAGCAACUAAAAGAAAAGAACAAAAAAUAUCAUGAAAGAAAUGACUAUCUGAAGGAAGAACAGCUGGGACACAUCCGCAGUCUGCUAAGCAACUUGAAAACACAGGGCAAAGAACUAGAGCAAAAGGAGGUUGUAACCAGGGAUGAUGUAGAGGCAGCAAUGAGGGAGAAAUGGCAAUAUUUUAGGGACCAAGAAAUACUUCUGAAAGAGCUACGCUCCAAGAUAAAUGAAGUUGAGCAUAAACUAGUGGUAAAACAGGCUGAGAAGGAUUACUGGUUAGAGUACAGAAAUGUGGGGAGUGGAGAACAUGCCAAACAGAUCAAGCUCCUAGAAAAUGAUAUCCACGGACUCAAAGAUGACGUUGAGCAAAUGACAGAAUAUUAUAGACAUACUCUGGAAAUGACAAAAGAAAAAAUGGACAGAUUGGUUGAGAAACAAAUGGACGAAAAGAAGGAAUGGGCUACUGAGAAUGCCGUAAAGCACAUUGACAAAACCAGUCACAGGGAGAUUGAAGAAAACGAAUGGCUGAAAGAAGAGGUUGAAAUAUACCGAAAGGAAGUAAGUGACUUGGAAGCAUCUGCUCAGCUACUAGAAGAAGAAAAUAUAUAUAUGAUAAGGAGCCUGUUUAACUGCAGACUUCAGAAUCUUAAAAUAUCAGGGCAUUUAUUUCUUACCCAGGGAGCUGGCCUGCAAGUUCAAGGAGAGGAAUUGCUUAGUGAGGACUUGGAAGGACUACAGUGUAGAGAUUAUGGAGCAAAGACAGAUGCUGGAGAUGAAAGCCCCAAGAGCACAGCACCCCUAGCCAUAGAGAACAAAGUGUUUUCAGACACUCAGUCUGAGACAGAGGCCGAGAAGCAGGAAGACAGCUAUGAGGAUCUGUGGGGAGAGCCAAUGGCUCCUGCUCUCAACUACCUAUUGUUUGAAGAUGAAAAAGAUACCCAGGAAUACUCAAAACUGGGUCCCCUGGGGACGAAACUGAUGAGUGUAGUGGGAAGAGCCAUGCCUAUUCAUGAAGAAGUGAGAGAAAUGUCAAGCAAAUGCCAGUUUGAAGACAGUUUUGAUACCUAUAAAUCAGAGGGCCACAUCACAUACCGCAUGAUCAAAUCUGUAUUUACUUAGGAACAAAAGAUCCUGGUUGCUUAAAAAUAGACUAAUUUAUGUUGCUCAUUUAGAAAUGUAAUUUGCAGUUCAUUAAAUCUUUGAUCUGUUUUCCAGGUAAUCUGUGACACAAUGCUUUAUGGAAGCUCUUUUCUUAAGUACCUAAAGCAUUAGAUUUAAAUAUUAGAUAAUUUAAAUAGCUGGAUGCAUUAACAGGAAUAUCUCUAGAUGGCUCAUAUAAAGGUUUCUUUCUCUAGUACUACAGACUGAGGGCAUGAACCUGCACAUUCCUUUUGCAGUGCAAACUCCCACUAAUGUGGAUGGGGUGUAGCUAAUGCAGGAUCAGGGUCAAUAUUUUACUUCUAUGGUCCAUACUUGCAGUCUCCCACAUGCAGAUUUCUAGUUUGAUUAGACAUUACAAACCAAUAAACGAAGGCUGACAUAAAAUGUGGAAACUGCUAAGUAUUUACUUGGUUUAAGCAAUGUACAGUAUGUUGAGAAUAAUCCAAACUAUUGCCAAAAUAUUUGCUUGAAUGAUUUUCUUUUCACCUCUGUAAAUCAAAAGAUCAGACACAUUUUAAUAAAUGGCAUGAAAUUAAACUGCAA